ACGUUAGUUCACGGAAACCUCCGAACUACUUCCGCCACACCCAAAAUGGUUGUGAAAUUUUUAGACAAGGAAGAGAAUGACGUGAAAAGGUAACUGGUUCGUCCCACCGGCAAUCCCGUGAUGUUAAAAAACUUUGAAGCACGCGGAUUGUGCAGACUAGUAAGUACAAAUCUUGUGACUGAGUGAAUAAUUGAAACAAGGGAAGGCAAGAUUGACAGCACCGUCAUAGGACCCUGCACUGCCUGCAGAAGUUGGCGUCUCGUGACAAAGCUGCUGAUUGGAGAGUUUUUUGGGGUAGGCGGAGCGUGUGCUUGUGGCAGAAUCCUUGCAGACGUUUGGGUAGGCGGAGUGUGCACUUGUGGCAGAUACCUUGUAGACUGGAUUUAACAGAUGGGAUGUUAGGUAUCUGAAGCAGUGGGACGUGAAUACGGUAACUAAGGCUUGGUGUUACCCACUUCUAGGACGAAUAGUUACGAGGAAAGGUGGUACCACUACAGUUAUUAUGGAGGAGUCGCAGAUUGAGAGGGUUUCCAUUGCAUUGCUGGAUGCAGCCAUCGACAAGGACUCCGGAGUUCAGGAGCAGGCUUUCAAGUCCUUGUGUGAGAUGGGAAAGCAUCACCCGUCGCGGGUCUUACAGAUGUGCUAUACGUACCUCCUCAACCACAGUAAGCUGGCCCAAGGGCAUCGAAUAAUUAUCCUGCAGACAAUGGAGACAGUAGUGAAGGAUAAGAUUAACAACAUCGAUCAAGUCUGUGCCAAGAAUGUCAUCUCCUUGGCCUCUGAUGAGAUGACCAAAUCUAAGGAAGUGAUCCCAGAGUGGCAGCAAGCUGCAAGUAAUGUCCUUGUUGCUGUUGGAGUCCGUUUCAUUAAUGAAGUCAUGGAAGAGAUUUUGACAAAAUUCCAGCCAGGGAUCUUGCCACAUUUCUUCAUUGUUCAAACAAUGGCUCAGUUGUCUACUGCUAAUGUGUUUGGAAUGGUGCCAUUCCUGAACCCUAUCCUUGGCACCAUGCUUCCAAUGCUUGGAAUGGCAAAGCAAGACAGUAUGAAGUGGGCCUUUUCUGUUGCCCUUCUCCACUUCAGUGAGAGCAUCCUGGAAUACCUAGCAAAUCUAGAGAAUGCCCCUGAUCCGACAGUGAGGCGGGACACUUUCUCUAAUGAGAUAUAUGCCGCAUAUGAUGUUCUGUUCAAUGUCUGGCUACAGAGCAGAGACACCAAGCUGAGGCUAGCAGUGGUGGAAGCCCUGGGCCCUGUGAGCCAACUCAUGCCACAUGAUAAGCUGGAAGAACAGCUGCCCAGGCUGAUCCCUGGAAUACUGAGCCUCUACAAGAAGCAUCCAGAGCCAUUCUACAUCACCAAGGGAUUGUGCCAAGUCCUUGAUGCCUCUGUGAACCUGGGUAGCAGAUUUCUGGAGACACAGCUCGACAGUCUUUUGAAUACUUUGCACCCUCAGGUGUGCCAUGUUACUGAUCUUUCCAAUCCUCUGACGUUGAAAAACUAUAAUGAGGUCCUACGCUGCUUCACUGUGUUAGCCAGAGCCUUUCCAGACCGCCUGAUUAAUUUUAUUCUGCCAAAGCUAGACAGCAAUAAUGAACGCCUUCGCGUGGGAUCCUUAGCUGUGAUGAGGCACCUUGUAAACUCUGCCAGUGCCCAAAUGGAAACCAAGAAAGCACUAAUUCUUGCAUCUGUGAAAAUUUUGCUUCAUGAUAACAGUAAUAAGGUAAAACGGAUGAUCAUACAGGUAAUCAGUGCAAUGGCCCAUCACAGUUACCUAAAACAGGAUGGAGGAGAAAUUAUGGUUGAAUAUAUUGUCCGACAUUGCUGCAAUUUUGGUGACAACAUACCUAAGCGACACAGUUCUGAUGUAGAAGACGUCAGUGAUGAAAGCAUUCAGAACAUGUGUGAGAACACACUUUUCCUUCUCACAACUACAGUCGAAGGGAUGACUGAUGUGUUGUGGCCGUACCUUUUGGAGUUUGUAGCCCCUGUUUACUAUACUGGUGCAUUACCUGCUGUAUGUAAGAGCCUCAUCUUUCUGGGAACCAAAAAACAAGAAGCUGAAUCGGACAAUUUUAUGAUAGAUUUUAAUGCACACGCGAAUCUUCCGAAACCUUCUGUUAUACUGGCAAGACUUUUGGUUGUGUCAGCUUUUCCUUACCAGGGUCAAGGGCGAGGUAUACCUGCCUUGCGUCUUCUCCAGACAUUGAGCUCGAACAUCCAUCCAUCAUUGGCCAUCACCUGGGACAGCCAGAUACCAUUGUUAGUCCAGCACCUGGAAGAAAAUACAGCAGAAACCCUGCUGCAGAAGCCAUGGGAGGACAAGUUACUUAGGUUCUUAUCUGUCUCGCUAGAAGCCAUUGCUGAGGAUAAAUGGACUUGCCAGCUUGCUAUUGACCUGACUAAACAUUUACAAGGGUACAACUGUUUUCCACAUGAGAAGGGUUUCCUUUACAAGUGUGUAGGUGUCGUACUUCGACAGUGCAAGAGUAAAGAUACAGUGAAGAUGCAGUUGCAAGAACUAUUGGCCUUGGCUCGCUAUAAUGAGGAAAUUGAGCGAGAGGGACUUGCUGUUGGAGUGGGUUUCUCUUCAUCUUCUCAUUUGGACACCACUUUGGGGAAGCUUGAGGACUUUGCAAAAUCAGAUGUGUUUAAGAAGACUGCUGGGAUAUUCAACAUUCUAAAGGACAAAAAUGAUGUGGAUAUAGAAAAGCUGAAGAGUGCACUAAUACUCUGUUAUGGGUACAUUGCCCUCCAUGCUCCUGAUAAUCUUAUUCUGUCCCGAAUCGAGACAGACAUCUUGCGAAACAUGGUUCACCAUUUCAAUACUAAGGUUCUGGGCAUAAAGGUAGAGACCAAGGACAUGACACUGAAGCUCAGCAUGAUUAAGGGGAUCUCGUUAAUCGCACAGGCCAUUGAUUCAAACAAAGACAAAUGUUCCUUCACUUUUUCCCGCAAGGUGGAGUUAGUGAAGUACAUGCUGGAAUUUAUCAAAGCGGAACCCCUGGAUUCCCUGAAGACUGCCAUUAGACUGAAUGCCUUGACAGCUUGUAGGUACUUGGUAAACCUACAGCCUCCCCUGAGUGAAACGGAUAAUUUUGAACUCAUCAGCAGCUGUCUGAACAAUAUUUUUUGCCUGCCACCAGUGGAACAGGAGAAGAGAAGAGAGGAGCGAGCCUCAGAAAUAGGAGACAAAGAGUCUUUGUAUGAUCAGACCAUGACUGCUCUCCAGAAUCUGCUGAAUAGCAUCCUGCUUCAAGAUCUAUCUCCAGAUGGGCUGCAGACAGUUUUUAAGCAUAUUGAAGGCUGGUUAACUUCUCCUCGAGAGUGGGAACGGGAAAGAGCCAUCGUUUCCACCUUCUUCCUACUGAAGUUUUAUCUCAAGAAGCUGAAUAUCAGGACAGUGGUGUCCUUCCAUAAUUUGGGAGCUCUGAUUGGGCGCCUUGCACCUCGGUGUUCUGACCCUUCACUGAUUGUACGUCAGUCUGCCAUCGACUGCUUAUAUACCUUGCUGUGUAUACAGCUACGUUAUGAAGGUUUUGCUUUGGACUACAAGGAUGAGCUGGUUGAAAACCUGAACAAACUAAGGGGUGAUUUGGACCAUCCUGAUCCAACCAUUUUGUUCCACACAUGCUCUGAGAUAGCACAGGUUAUUGGGAAACGACUGCCUCACACUCAGGUGAACACGUUACUUUUCAUGCUGUUUGAGGGCCUGGUAGACGCUCAGAGGGACUGUGCACGAACAGCCUCUGUUCUCAUCAACAGCCUUGUCAAGGGACGUGGAAAUGGCUUACAGGAGCAGGUGUUGGAGAUUUUGGAAGUGCUGUAUAUCCAGUUACAGGCCAUUGCAGAAGAUCACGUGAAGCAUUCUGUAACCCACACUGUGUAUCUGCUAGCCUCCCAACACUCAACAUCUGUCUUAUCCUGCCUUCUCACUUACCCCCUGCCAUACGACAGCUAUACAUGCAGUAUGUGGAAGGCUUUGGCUGUCAAUACUACUAUAGCUACCAAAAGCAUGGAACUUCUUUUGGACCGUCUGAGCAAGCAUCUGCCUUAUGAAGAGAAAAAGGAGUCCAUACUGAGAAACAGUCCGAAAAGAUAUGCAACAGUCCAGCCACUGGCCGUGACAUGCGCCCUAAAUGAGAUCAUGUCUGAGAAAGAGUCAAAAGAAGCAGUCGUUGGGCUCUACCCACAGCUGUUAAGUGCUCUCCUGGUCCGAAUCGGAUGUAGUGUAGGUCUCCAGUUACCAAAGGACUUCACCAGCAGCCAGAAGGACAGGAAGACCUCCAUCCACGGUCGGUCAGCCAAAACAUUUGAUGUAUGCAGUUGUGCCGUGGAUGCACUCCAGACGAUGCUAAGGAGAGGUGGCAGCAAAGAGGUAGUAAAGGCAGUGGAGGCAGAAGGCGGCUGGGAGAUGAUGAAAGUGCCUGAGAAACACCACGAUGGAGUCAGUUUGCUUGCAAGAGCUAUGACAAAGUUUGCUGGUCCCAGAAUCCCUGGAAUUGUGGAAACUCUGAAUCCCCUGCUCAGCAGUAUAUAUGAAAACCAACGAAUUACUGUCAUUGCCUUCUUUGCAGAGCUCCUAAGUAACCACGUUGUGUCUGAGCUGAUGCUGCUGGAUGUAGUACUGCAUAGCAUUAUGGGAAAGCUUGUGGAUUCAUCCUGUACUGUCCGUAUGCUGGCAAUCCGAGGUCUUGGAAACAUUGCUAUUGGAUCUCCAGAAAAGGUGAAGAAGUAUUCUACUAAACUCUUGGCAGCAAUGACUUCUGGGAUGGACGAAAAGGAGGACCCCAACGAUUUAAUAACACUAGAAGCCAUGUCUGGUCUGUCAAAAAUUCUUCUCAAGGUGGAAGAGAGGGACAUCCGUGAUAUCCUUAUCCACAUUUCAUUACGCAUACGUCCAUUCUUUGAAAAUGAAAAGGAACGAAUUCGAACUUCUGCCUUCACCUUGUUUGGAAAUCUUUCGAGGUUUGGGCAUGGUGAAUCCAAAGAGAUUUUCCAGGACCAGAUUCAUAAUGCUAUGAUUAGUUUACUGCUGCAUCUCAAUGACCCAAAUGCUGAUGUCAUCAAGGCCUGCAAGUUUGCUCUUCGGAUGAAUGCCCCAGUCUUGGGCUCUGAAUUGGUUACUGAAAUGUUCCAGAGACAUCUACAUGAAGACAAAGGUCUACACUAUGGAGAAUUCAUGAAUGAUCUCUCCAAGCACUUGAUUAAAGAUUUCCUUGACAAGCUGAAUUGUUACAUUGUAACUACUCUGUCAUUCUUCAAGAGCAGUUGGGCAGAAAUCCGUGGGAAUGCAGCCAUGUUUGCAGGUUUCAUCAUUGCAAACCUUCCUGAAGAGAACUCCAGCUGUGUAGACCUGGAACGGCUCUGUAUUUCUCUUGCAGUACUGCUGAAGGACCCUGUACCAUUUGUACGAAUGAAGGCUGCUGAGGCCCUGGGAUACUUCUACAGGUUUUGAAAGGGCUUCAGUUAACUGUCAAAUGGGAGUGCAUUCUAUAAAUAUGGCGGAGGCCACGGCUAAUGGUCAUAGCAGUGAGUGGGGGAGCCCUUGUGAACCAUUUGCAUUGUCAGAAUCUGACGUCUUCAGAAUGAAAGUAACGCAUCUCUUCUUUUGAUGCCACAUCUCAUUAAUCUAACAAGUUCUGAGCUUUACUUAAAGCAUCUGUUUAAAACUGAACAUUCCCUGGUGAAAUUCCUCUCUCUUUACAGAUGCAGUUCACACAGUGAUGUACCAGCUCUGUGAUAACAGUAUGGCUGUCAUUUUUUUUUUAUUUGUUCGUGUAUUGACUUGUUGGAUUGGUGUUCAGGCAUAUUUUAGGUUCCUUCCACGAGCACAUUCCUACUUGGUGCACUUCAGACCACAGUGAAAAGACAGCUUAUAUACCAGCUGUGGAUUUGUUUUCACCUUCAUGUUCGGAUUCCACUGUAAACGAUUGCUGUAGGAAGUGCCUCCAUAAUAAAUUGUUUGUUGUGUGAACAUUAACAGUGUAAAGCAUUAACCGUCGAUGCAGCAGUUAACUUGCACAAUGUCAGAUUGUAAAACAGGAAAUGAGAGUACUAUAAGGGACGACUUGGUAUGCAGAUCUUAAUAUAAUGUGCUGUGGCCUGAAACAUGAAGAUUGUAGCAGUUUACCUUUCUGUUACACUGCUUGGAUCAUCAGUUACUUUUUUCAUUGAAAGACAAAAGUGUGAUAAAUCUGGAUAAGCUAUCUCUUCACUGUAACGUACCUUACGUUUAUAUAUGGGCUGCUGGCAUUACCAUCUUGCUGAGAGGAAGUACAUUUCAUUUCUGAUAGUAUGCGUCUUAGAAGGACUUUGAAAAAGAGCAUUAACUAGUGUUAUCAGUAGGUCAGGGAGAUUACAGUAUACCUGUUUUUCUACCUGUGAAGUAUUUUUUUUCCAGAUUCAAACUGAGGCAGAACCAGAAAAAUGUUCCAUUAUUCAGGCAUUUUCAGACUGUGUUUAAAGCUGUAAAAGAUGUGACAACAUACCUGAAAUUCAGAAAAUGUUCAGAUGGGGGGCUUUAGGGUUUUGUAUAUAUGUUUGUAAAAGUGAGUGUCCCAGUCAGAUAGUGGUAGAUUGAAGCUGAAGUAUUUCCAUGGGACUAAAGGGCUGCAAUAAUUCAAUUUGAAUAAUGUUUCUCCGUUUUAUAAAGUAGAAGAUAAGUAUUCACUGGAAUGUGUAAAAGCUUACUUUCCCCUAUGUCUAUUUUGCUAUGUUUUACAACUGUAAUACGUGUUAGUUGGUACAAGGGUAUACUACCUAUAACUUAAAAUUCAUUUAACUGGAGAAGUCUGUCACUUGUGUCAGCAUGUCAGAAAGGUUAAGAAAUGGCAGAGUCCAUUUUAUGUGCACGGUGUUGCUUCCAGGUAGUAUUAUGACAGAGUCCUUUCUUGUGAGCUGUGCUUCUAGGGUCUGGUACUGUUUGAUGGCAUGCCAUACCUUAUUUUAUAUAGUUGCUUGGGCAGCUAUGGCUACACAGUUGCACAUUUUAUCCAUUAGACCAAACUUGAAUUUAAGCUUUACCUAAUGACUGCAGCUCCAGAAAACAGUUGACUGGUUUUCUGUAAUGAGCCUAUACUGAUAGUAGGAAGCCAUAAUCUCUUCAGGUCUCUGUUGAGUAACAUGUAGCCUUUUGCAUUUCCUACCCGUCUAACUACAAUAGGUUAGACAUUUUGUUUCAGUUGGACUACUACCUUAUGGUAGUGCAACACUUAGCGUUUCUUCAUCGCAGCAAGAGUUUUUUAGUUUACUUGUUUGAGGUACCAUCUGUGUGGAGUAUGCAUGUCCUUCCUGUGUUCAAAUAGGCUUUCUCCACGUGAUCUGAUUUCCUCCCACAAUCCCAAAAUAUGCAGUUGUUGGAUUGGACACUCUAAAGUGGCCAUAGGUGUCUUUGUGUGGUGUGGAAGGACCACUGAGGCAGUGUGAACAUUGCCUCAGAAUCAUUGUCACUGUUGAAGUCACACCCCAACCCAUGUGCAAAAGUAAGAAAAAGGGGUUAUGGGUAAGUGGAUUAUUUCUCACUUAAAAAAAAGAACCCUAUAGAUUCUUGACAUGUGACUUUAUGAUGCUUGGUUAGCAGGCUGACCUUCAUAAAUGCUCUUACCCAUGGGGAGGGCUUGUUGGUGUAUUUCUUCAGAGCAGUUUGACAGACAGACCCUCCUGUUGUCUUCCCAUCAUUGGAGGAAUAUCUAUAACAAGAGGGAGCUUAUGUCCUACCACUUCCUGCACCUGGGCUUCGUCAUGUUUGCAUUUUUUUCCAAGGCAUGGCUCACAAGCGAUGCGAGUUUCAACCUUGCAGUUCGACUUGGUAAUGAGUAGUUUAAAAAGGAGAAAAAUAUUGUUUUACCUAUGCUGUGCAGAAGAAAUGAAAUAACGUUGGGAGGAGUUAGUGUCAGCAGAUCAUCAUAGGACCUAGCACAUCCUUCUGAAAAGAGGUGCAGAUUCAGAAGAUGCUUCCAGGUGCAGGUGGUUGUUUGACUCCUGUUCCUUCCAUUUCAUAGAUGACUGCGUACUGAAAUUACAAGGAAAGUUCAUUCACUGGCUUUGUCAAUAAAAAAAAAAAGCAGUUGCUGCUGGUAGAGGUGACCCACCCCUUAGAUUCUGAGAUAUUUCUGGCCUAUGAUGGUUCUGUAAAAUUAUUUUUUUAAAUCUACUAAACCACUUGUGUUCUUGUAUCUUUGAAAGCCAUUGUGACUUUGCCCAAUGUGCUUUGCUGAAGAAGUCCACCAUUCAGCCAUCAAAGUCUCAUUUUUGAUGUUGGUAUCUUGUGCACAACAGAUAUCUGCGUUAAUUUGGGCAUGUUUUCUGAUGUCACUGAGGUUGCUUAGCAUUACUGAUACUCAUCAUAGUUAUCAAGGUUCUAUAUGAAAAGGGUAUGUCCAGUAAUGCACGUCUCAAACUGGUCUGUUCCAGCAGCUGGCUGCAUAAGCCAACACUAGUCCAUUGCUCCAACCAGACUACUGGGAUAGGGCUGUCACUUUCUUGAUUCCACUACUGUGUGCUUUUUGAACAGUGAUUCCUUUGAGUAUUGGAACCAGGAGGAAAGGAUUUGUUCACAGGGAGGACAUUAUCUCUCUUUCCUCUUUGUUAAUUUUCUAGCUCUCGGGGAAGCAGGACCUGGGGAGCCCUCUUCUGUUAUGGAAGUACCCACUGUUGAAGAGCUCUGUGUAUUGACUGGUGUUCUCCUUUUAAUCAUCCUGAGCAUGACAUAAAGAUUACGAGAUUUAUACUCAGGCGCGUGCACACAUACACACACACAUACAUAUAACAUAACACUGUAUUUGGUGCAUGUAUGGUCUUUGUUGCUAUCUGUUCAGACCUUUCAGAGCAUUCACCCUUUCUAUUAGUGGUCAGUGCCAUAUAUCCCUCAAUUGUCCCUGAUUUUGCCUCAUAUUUUUGCCCUGUCCCUAUAUAUGUUGUUCUUCUAAAUCAUAUAAGAUUAGUCAGUCAGUAAUUCUUAGCAUUAAAGUUUUAUAUUUCUUAUUGUUAUGAAAACGCAUGUUGAUGCAAAACCGGUUUUCCAUUAUAGUAAUAUUUAAAACAUGCUCUUGAUUUUAGGCUGGUGUCCCCCAUUAGUUUUGGGUUUGUCCAGAAUUCUUGAGUAAAGAAGUUGAGAGUUAUGGUGGGCUGUUCUUUGCCAUCUACUUGGAGGAGUCCGAUGACAAUUCUGCCUUCAUGUGGCAACUUUGGAGUACCAUAACAUCACUUUCCUGGAUAAAUGCAUCUCUUGAAGCAGCAGCAUAUCCUGGAGUUAACAUCCCCCAGCAGCAGGCAAACAGGUUGUCAUCCACAGCUUCUGGAUCAAAAAAGUAGUCUGCAACCCCCUGACAAAAAGCUUGUUGAACACCGUUAUAAUGUACUUUUGCCUUAAAAGAAAACUGUAUGAAAUAAAACAGAAAUAUGAGACUAUUUUUUCUAAUACAAUCAGCUCUGACAUUAAUGCACCUAAGAUAAAUACUUUCUACAAAGGUGAGGCAGCCUAUCAUUGUGUGUGUUUAUGCAGCUGUCGUGCUCUGUAGUGCACAGCAUAGUAAGAAUAAACACUUCUGCUUUUGUACAACAGCAUUUUUGCUAGCUCUUUCAUGACAUGAGACUAGAAGCCCAUUUUCUUUAGUAAAAAGACAGUAGUGUCCAACUUGCCCAAGUAUUUUAGGGGAGGAGAUUACUGUCUAUUACUUUCUGGUUCCAAAGGAGAUUAGAAACUUCAGGACAAUCGCAUUGCUUAAUGAAUUAACUUCACCAUUUCCAUAAGUUCAGACUAGUAAUUACUCAUUCAGUAUUGCCUCCAUACCAUUCAACUGUGCAGAUUUUCACAGAAUGUCCAGAUUUUUGCCUCCUAUUUUUGGUCUGUUUCUCAUAAAAUUGAGGUUUUCUGGCAAAUAUUUGGCAGAUUUUUGAGGAAUGAAGUAAGAAAAUAAUGGCAGACAUUUGAGAUUCAGAAUUUUUACCUUUCAGAAAAUUCAUGCUAAUGCAAAACCUGCUAUUCUAUCAACGUUCUAAGUUUUUAAGAGCAGUAUUUAAAAAUUGUCCCUAUUUUUGAGACAUUGUCCCCCCAUUAUUUAUGGCUUUGUCCACAUUUCUUGCUCGAAGAAGUUGAGCGGUAUGAUUGCCCUCAGUAUUCCUUGUAUCAUCUUAAAAAAUGUCUCAGUGUUCCACUGAAGGUUACCUUCUUCUUUUACUUAUUUAUAUUAUAUAUAUUUUUUUAAAAAUCGUGUUUAUAGUGUCUUUAAUUCAAUGAUCAGAUGCUUACCAUCCCAUCAGGACAGUACUAUGGAACUUUUCUGCUUUCUAGGAAUCAGUGUGAAUUCCCUGAAGUCAGUUUUUCUUUCCUGGUAAAGAAUUAAACUGAGAUCUAAAUUAAUUUUCCUUUGGGUGCUGCUUUCCAUUCCCACGUAAUGACCUUCGCUGCUCUUAUGUUUAUAGACAAUUACCAUAGAGUGAGGCACCUCAGCAAAUUCAUUCCUCAGCAUCUUUGUCUCACUUUUAACUUUAAUUUAUUAACUGAGUAAGUGAACUGGUCCAUUUUGAGCUCCUUUGAGCUACAAACAAUCUAGUCUACAUGUAGCUGCACAUUCAGUAGCAUGUCUUUGGGAAGUGGGCAGAAGCUAAAUUACCCCCCAAAAAAUAUAUGUACUGGGCGAAAUUAGGUCUCCUUGUAUGUGGUAAUCAGCGGAAAGGAUAAUGUUACCUUUACUGAUCCUAGUCUUAGCUUACCUGUGUGUAAGAUUGUUUCUUUGAUCCUUGGUAAUAAAGUGAUAUUAACUUUAUGGCAGCCUGAUUGAAGUCAUCCAUCUGUCCCUGAAGUUUCAGCAGGUUGGAAAUAGUGGCUCCCACCCUUUCCCACAACAUUUUAUGUGACUUAUUUUAGGCUUCAACUUUUUAUAAUUUGUAGGUCGUGGUGCUGAGUUUCUGUCCUGGAGGAUAAGACGCCUUUGGUCUCCUGAAGAAUUGAAGCUAUACAAAAGUGUCCAGUGUAAGGCCUUUUUCUAGACUGUCAGGCUUUUAUUAUCACCAUCUUCCAAUUUUUUGUCUCUGUGUGCAACAGUUCCAUAAUGUCUUUUUACAUUAGUUAACAUGGACUUAUAUAGUCCUAUACACUUUGUCCAAAAGUUGGGAAUAUAUAGUCCUGAGCCAAAAAUCAUACCUGACUCUUCAGUUUCUCUGUUUUCAGGGCAGACAAUAUAGUGCAAGGUGACUAAAUCAGGAAAAUGUUCUAGACUGAGUUGGAUCUUAAUCCAAGUACUUUCUGGGGAUUUUUGUAACAGAGUGAUUUCUUAAGUUUCACUGUUUUGCAAAAUCAGAUAUCCUGUGCUGCUGUUGAUGAUGAAGGUCUAGGUUGCUCAGCCCAAACAGCUGUCUCUGCAGGGGAAAAAAAAUCUGUUUUUCUGUCCUGCUUCACAACUAAUUGGAAGGAUGCUAAAAGAUGAGGUGUGAUACAAUUCCCGCUCCAUAUGUGGUGUCCAUUAUUCUAGGAGCUGGGUUUAGGCUCUGCUGAUCGGUUUGUAUCCUGGAACCUUAUUACACAUGAUGCAAACAUGUAGGCCAUUCAGCAGUUACAUGGUUGUUCUUAUGUCUGUCAUAAAAAGAAUAUGUACUUGAAGUAAAGGAAGGCUGGGUUUAGGGAAGCAAAAUUAUUUAGGUGCUUUCUCUUGCAACAAUUCAGUGAUGCUAGUUUACUCCUCCCUAUCUAAAACAGAAAUGAAGAAUUCUAGUCAAGUUCAUUUGUUGGUUACACUAUCCUUUUGUUGCAGCUUGGGGAAGUGGAUUAACUCUGCAUGAUAUGCUGUCUGUAUACCUUCUUAUGGACACUGCUUUGAUUUUAUCUCUUAUUUCCGUAUACAUUAGGGACUUAACUCUUAUCUUUGAGAAGCUUACAGAACCACUGUAAUCCUACAGUAUGCAAACUCAAAGUGAAUAACCAGCUAGCGAUUCGUCUGACAUAUAACCAAAAUGAAAAGUCCACCAAGAAAGUAGUUAAUUCAUUCCAUUAAUUGCUCAUCAGUUAAGUGCUUUCAUCCAUGGACUUUUUCAGAACUGACAUAAAUAUUCAUAUGAUUAAGUAAUACAAAUUUCACCAUAUGACUACUAAAGACUCAUCAAAAUAACUUAAAAAUAUAUGUUUAUAAUUCUGAAAUUAAACAUGACGCUUUGCCUUGUUAAAAAAAAAAAAAGUGUGUGUGAACAUUGUGUAAAAUAAACAUUUUGUUACAUAAACAAUUACUUUUGUAACUUGGCUGCUCUAAGUUUCUUGAGAUUUAAAACACUGUUGAUGUUAACCAUUUCAUUCAAACCAGGAGUGCUACAUGCUUCCAACCUCAACUGCCAUUUUAUUUUAUGGUAAUCGAGCCUCAUCUUCCAGUUGCCACCUCUCACAUUAAACUCAACUUUUCUAACUUGGAAAAUAAAAAUUGGUUAAAAUGAUGGCAUAAAAGGGUAAAUGUACCCAGAGUACUUUUAACAGCAUGUGGUAUUUUUGAUUUGAAUGAAAGUUAAUAUUAACAGAGUAUUAAAACUUAGAGCAGCCAAGUUAUAAACACACUUCUUGGCUGGAUUCCUCUUUGGUUUCCUGAACAGUUUGCCAGACGGUUAAAUAGAUCCCAGUUUUGUGAGUUACAGAUGAAGAAUUACUGACUGCACAAUAAAACUUUUUUUUACAAGCCCUUAUCAUCCACACAUUUUUUUAGCAGCCACAUUGCAUUAUAGAAGUACGUCUGUUUCAUGCCAGGCCUUUUUCCUUGAAAGGAAUGUUUUUUUUUUGUUUACUCUUCAUGUCUCCACAGCUGCCUACAGCCACUGUUGUACACUGCUGCUAUCAGACAACAUGCCCUUUUCUGACUUUCUUAGUAAUGAUUUGUACUUUCAUUAUCCAGAUAAGGAGUUUGCUGCCCUCAUGGGUUUGGGCUGGCCAUAUGUUCCUGCUCCUGCUGGACAUUUGAGAUACUACACCCACAUACAUGCAUUUAGCAAACAAAUAUUCUGACAUAAUUUGAUAAACUUAUAAGAAGGUUCCUGCUUGUGAACAAUAACAGUUCUGUGUCUAUGUGCAGGGCUUGAGCCUGAGAACUUAGUCAAAUAGUUUGCAUUUUGAGGAGUAUUUAUCCCUGGUAGAAGACUUCAUAGCCACAAGCAGGAGAACAUGUUGUGGUUGAGGUUUCCCAUACUCUGGCUUAUUAUUCCUUUUUACUGUUGUUCUGGCACCCAUAUGUUUUCUUUGUCUGUCCUGUUAGUGUUUAGGUUAAUGCGGUCUGAGCUCGAUGCCAUGCAGAGGGGUGUUCACAUGAAACCUAAUCAUUUUACAGAUUAUCUUUAGAUGUGAGCUGUGUCCUUGAAAGACCAGGGAUGACUGUCGAUUGUAGGUGCUGGUGCAGUUUAACAGCUUAAUUGUUUAUUUAAUAGUUUAAUCCUUUGUUGCAUGAAUCCAUUCAUUAUAUGUAAUGAUAUCUCAUUUGGGACGAGUCAGUGCAGCACUAAAUCAAUAACAUUUGGGCUUUUCAUCUUAUUUGAUGACUUUCCCCAUCAGCUGUGCAUAAAUCUGUAAUGAAGAUGAGUGUUGUUGUCACAAGAGCACAUCUUCUAACCUUGGGGAGGUGUGCAUGACACAUGUAAAGCCAUCUGUUGCCAGAAGCUAUCCUUGGUUCUUCUCUCUGCUUUCAGCACUUCACAUGUUUUAGCAGUAGAGUAAUUUUGUCAGCAUAGAACCUUGUCCUUGUCAACCAUUUAUUUUGUUUUUUUUCUGCAGAGAUGUUCAUUUAAAACAUAGUUCAGCUGUUUGACUAUAAUUGUAAGGGAGUGCUCAUUUUAUUUACUCAUUUUUUCGUAAUUUUAUUUUUACUCCCUUGUUUUAUUGCGAUGGAAACCAGAGAGCCUGACAACAUACACAAGAAAAAGAUAAGGUGUGAAGGGACGGCAUUACUGAACGUUCAAAGAAAGCAACAAAAGACUUAGAAAAUGCAGAGAGAGAGUUCAAGUUUAGGAACUGGUUCUUCAUCCCAGUUAGCUGAGGCUUUGAGCUGUAAUGUAACUGUAUACUAUCCUAACUGACUACUUCCCAUAGUAUUAUGCACUAAAUGUCCUUUAACAAUAAACCAGUUACCUAAGAAGGCACUGCAACAGCAAAUUAUUUAACCUGCAGUACGGUGAGAUGUAGGCUCUCCAUUUUAACUUUAGUGAAGAUUCAGUGACCCCAGGUACGCUUAAACCUGACUCUAUGUAUUCUUUCUUCAGAUUCAUUCCAUUUUGUGUACGUGUGACACAGAUCUCAUGCUCUUCUCACAUGUGAAAUAAUUCUGAGGUUAAUCUCAAGAAUGAAGAAGAGGCAUACAAGUGUAUUGAAUUUGCCUUUUGGGUUUGCCUUUUUGUGCCACUGGUCCUGGCUGGGAAGGUCUUUGGCCUGAAUAUUUAACUGGUUAACUAAUGAAGGUCUGUGGCCUGAAUAUUUAACUGGUUAACUAAUGAUUAGCUUAGAAAGAGACUCAGAUGCUUAUGGGAACCAAAUGUCCUCAUAGUGCAGAACAAAUGUCCAUGCCAGAAUUUGUAUACUUCUGUGGGUGUUUAUUUUGUCUAUUGUUCCUUUAAUUUAUUGAGGGUGAAGCAUUCAGGUUUGUAUUAAAAUCAUAAGAUACGUGCAAGUAGUGUAGCUGUUAUGAGCAGACUUAAUUAUUACCUUGAUUACAAGCAGUGCUAAGAUUACAUGCCAUUGAAGUAGUUUACAGUGUAUCAGCCACAGAGAUGCGAUUGAUUUUAACGACUGUGGAAUCAGGUGUCCUGACUUGUGAGCUAAAAGUAUUAGCUGCGCACUUGCUGAUAACAGCAGUAAGAAGAAAAUCCCGUAGAAUGUGUGUAGGUCAUGUUAUAAAGCAACUAAAAAGCUACAUUUGUGCAUUCAGUGAGUUCUGCUGGCUGUGAUUUGAUUUGGUUGCUUUUGAUGUAAAGGGCAUAGUCAAGUAUAUAUACUGGUCAUGUGAAAACAUUGAUUAGAUGAAUAACCGAAUUAGAAGAGUUUGUUUGAGAGCAUGGUACAGGCGUAGAUAUCAGAUAGAAUCAUGUUAAGGUACCUCUAAAAGGAUUAGAUCCACAGUAGAUCCAACUUGCAGCAUUUUCAUUGGAUGUAUUUAAAAUGCUUUCCCUCUACGGUGUUUGGUCAGAAACUUUCUUUAAAUUAGCAGCUGAUGAUUACACCCUUUGAAUAGUUUCCUGUUACUUAUCACUGGUUUGACCUACAAGAGUAAAGCUGCACUCCUUGGAGAGUAUAUUGCUUACACAUAACUAGGGCCCUGCUGUUCUUGCUCAUUGCGGUGAGACACAGAUUCUGAAGUUCCGAUAGCCUUUCUGUAGCAGUUAAGAACUCUCCAUGCACUCUUGUCUGCACAGUUUGUCGUUACGCACUCCUGGAUAUGCUCCAGUUUUUAGCACAGUUUACAUCUUUGACUGUAAUGAAGGGCAUUUACACAAUGGAAGACAACCUCCAGUGACAUGCAGAGGUUUAUAACACGUUAUUUAUUCUCUAGACUGUCCAUGUAAAAACCUGGAACCUUAGUCUUUACAAGGAAGCUCAAGGACCCACUAACUUAGUGACUACAUUGAAGACCUCGCUUUUGGGAAGUUGUUUCUAACAAUGAACAUUUCAUGGUCAGAAGUAGGAAGAGUCCCUGGGGUAAGAUUGAGUAGUAGUAUUUGAGGUGUAAGAAGCUGGCAACAUGAUACACAAGUCAUUAGUAAAUCCAUGAAUUUUGAUAUAAAACUGUUCAGAAUAAACCGUUCUUAAAUAUUUUUGUAUUAAUGUUAAUGUAUUUUUCUGAAUGUUUUUGCUGCUUGAUUUGUUGCACACCAUGUUACUGGUCUCCGCAGACUGGGAGGAGAUCUGUGGUAGUGGAGUUGGUGCUAUGGUGAGCUGGGGUUACUUGACUCAAAGAUUACUACACCAAACAAAUGAUUUUUCUUCCUUCAGUUGCUUGUAUAUACAUUCCUUUUCCAGAUAUUCUAUAAUUAUAUCUAUGUGAAUACAAUGAAAUGUAAUUUUUAUGAACAUUUGAUUUUGGUUAUGGAUCUCAAUGUAAGAUGUUUACUGUUGUCUUUGUGAAUUAAAUACAUUUUGUGAGCGUCUCCAACUUUUACAAAUAAAAAUAUGAAAAAUGUACACCUUCA